AUGACGCCCGACAAAUGCCCUCUUCUCGACGUUCCCAUAUCAACAGAUGCACCACCUUCAUACGAUGCUAGCACGAGCAGGAACACCUCGCGCACUAGUACACCCUCAUCCUCUGGUGCCAAUACUUGGAGAAGUGACGAGUCGUCAAAUAGGCCUCAACCGUACGGACCCACUGGCGGCAUCAUGCGAGCUUUCAGCGGUCAAGUGAAGACCACCAUAACAGCACUCAUUCAUGACCUUGUUCGACCUCACUCGAUGUCUACUGCACCUCCGUGCCGCGAGAUUCUGGAAAGCUGCUCGGAAGCGUGCAAUUCCCGCUCGCUCAACCUCUCCAGUAUCAUUCAGGAUCACAACAUCGAAGGACAUACCUCUAUUUAUUGGGCCAUCAUUAAUGGGCCGCGUUUCGCUGAAGGAGAGAAUCAGGUCCUCACAGCCCUUCUCCAAUUCUCACAGCCACUUGAGGAAUCGACGGUCUCAGAACUACGCUGGGCAUGUCUUGCCAAAUCAGAUCAACCUCUCUUCCAACACUUGCAGCGAAAACUUAACCUCAAUCCGCGCUCAAAGAUGGACAAAAUGAUUCUCUCAAGUGAUGCGGAGUACGAUGAGGUACACUUUUUGGAGACCGACCCCUCUGCCAAUAAGUUCACUGUUGAUGUCCACAUCAAGCAGUUCCAGAAGCGUCUGGUUGUAGGAACGAUCGUCUACGUUGAAUUCAUUGCGAAGGCAAGGAUGUGGAGACUUCAGUUCUACAAUCGUACGAAGUGGUCUGGCGACCAGUCGUUGUAUGCCAACCUGACGUUAAUGGAACGAAGCCCGUCGACGAAUAUCACUGCGACUUUGGGUAUAGCGGAACAGACGACGCGGGCGCAACAAGUGCAGCGUCAGAAGCCGUCCAUACAUGUAAACAUGAGCUCUUAUAUUGCACCAUUCAGCGGUGGUGUCCAGGCCGCUCUGCCUGAUUGUUUGCGCUACGAAGGAUCGUCGUACCUCAUGUCUGACGGUUCUCUGUACGCACGGUUGGAAGCAGAUCUGUCCGACAAGAAGACUUAG